AUGACUCUUUUACCCUUACCAUUCAUGCUCUUCCUUCUCACCUCACUACCCUUUUCUGUAAUUUCGCAGCUCGACGAACGGUCAACACUUCUUAACCUGAAACGCAGUCUCGGAGACCCACCGUCUCUCCGCCUAUGGAACAACACAUCUUCCCCGUGCGACUGGUCGGAGAUUACCUGCGUCGCCGGAAACGUCACCGGGAUAAGUUUAAGGAACCAGACCAUCGCCGCAACGGUUCCGACCAAUAUAUGCGAUUUCCCAAACCUGGAAACUCUCGACUUGUCGUCUAAUCGAUUCUCCGGAAACUUUCCGACCGUUCUCUACAACUGCACCAAGCUUCGAGAUCUCGAUCUCUCCCAGAACAACUUCAACGGCACGCUUCCCGCCGACAUCGACCGUCUAUCACAACAACUCGAGAUUCUCGACCUCAGUUCUAACUCCUUCUCCGGCGAAAUCCCACCGGAGAUCGGGAACCUAAAGUUCAGAACGCUUAACUUGUCCUCAAACAUGCUCAUCGGAGAAUUACCGGACCAACUUGAUAACCUUGCGUACGAGACAAGUUUCUUGAACAACACCAAUCUCUGCGCAGACAAACCCGUUGUUAAGUUGCAGGAUUGUCGGAAAGGGCUCCGGAAAUCAAGACGGUUGCCUGGGGCAAUCUUCGCCAUCAUUGUAGUCAUCGGUGCUCUGAUCCUCGCCGUCACUCUGGUUCUGACGUUCAUUGCGAUCCAUGUGUAUAGCUUAGGUGUAGUUUUGUUAGAGCUGGUGACCGGAAGAGAAGGAAACAACGGAGAUGAACAUACAAACUUGGCAGAUUGGUCAUGGAGACAUUACCAAUCUAAGAAACCGAUCACAGAGGCUUUUGAUGAGGACAUCAAAGAUGCUUCUAACACGGAGGAGAUGACAACAAUGUUUAAGAUAGGUCUAAUGUGUACUACACAUUGCCUAGUCACAUGCCUUCCAAAAGAGAUCUUUUAUUCUUUUAUGUUCUUCGCCAACAAGGACUUGAGGCGACAAAAAGGACUGCAACAGAGGCAUCUGUGGCACUUUUACUGGUUAGUUUAUCUGGUCGGAGGACAAGUAAAAGGGUAG